CUAACGUAACAUUUGGCGGUAACAAAUGUUCGAUUAUGUAACCGUAAUGUGAUAUUGUAUUGAUACCGGGUUAUAUUGGUGUUUUUGGUUCAGUUUUUUCGGUGCGUUUUAACCGUGCAGUUGCGCCGUCGUUGCCACAGAGGGGUUUCGCGACGGCACCAACUAGCGUGAACAAACAUUGACCAAGCACCGCUUCUACCGCUAACUCGCAACAUUCCUAGCGUAAAAGUUACCGUGGAUGGUUUACUCUAUGUAAUUUUGCGGGAAAAACGAUUUUUUUUUUAAUUUCACCAUCGAACAUAGAUAGUGCGAACGAAUAACGAUUUAAAUAAAAUACGAUUUCACUUGAACAGUGAUGUGUGCUUAUGUCUAGACAAAAGUGAGAAAUGGAUUGUGGAUUUUAUAAACAAGUCAUAAACAUAAAACGCUUCGUCAAUGUAAAUUAACACGCUAAAAUGAAUAGAAAUUGCGGAAGAAGAUUAGCGGAGUUUCAAGACGAGCACUACUGCGCAGGAAAUGUCGGCGGGAAUUUCCGACGCUCGUGUUCACUGCGGCUGCGCGGUGAAAAAAUGGUGCAGCGGUCGCCUCUUACCACUCGGAAAUAUAUACCAAUAAUCACGGAAAAUAAUAAUCAGAAACAACGAAGCGAUGGCUCCCGACUUCCGGAGCCUAGCCAUCGCCCUCGUAGUCAAUCUUUCAACGCAAAUGGCAACAAGCCAAGAAAAUCCGGCCUGAAACUACAGGACCCUUGCAUGGAUAGAAAUCUGAGCAUGACAGAUUCUGCCCACACUCCUCCAGGAUCUCCAGAAGACUUGCCUGACGAUGAGUCGCUGCACAGUUACGGCAGCGCAGCCACCGCCGCGUCCAUUGACGCUGGAUAUGCGCCAUUCAAUGGGACUACCUUCAGUGGGCGAUCCAUGCGCUACGUGUUGCAUUGUUCCUCGCACGCAGGUCUCGCCGGAGAGGAGUACCUCACGCCAACCCAACGCGCUCAGAAACAAAUACGCCGCCUAAAAAGCCUCCUAAGCCAAGCCAAACAAGAUUUGGAAAAGAAAGACAGUGAAAUAUUCCAGCUCACCAAGGAAGUGGUCGAGCUUCGUCUUUACAAGGCCUCUAUAUUCUCUCCAGAUGAAAAGUCUAACUCUAGUGAGGUUGUGACUGUGAGAGAGAACAAUGAGGAGCCUUCACUCGAGGAGGACAGUGUCAAAUGUAAAGAUGUUCAUAGAUCGUUUGACGUCACUGACAGCCCGCUAUUCAAAGAUCAGACACCUACUAGGUGCCGUAAUGAGAUGCAGGGAUCAUUUACUGAUUCGGGACAUUUUGAUGACCUCACAAAUUCUUCUUUACAUUCAAAGGAAUCGGUGCACAUGUUGACCCAUGACGCAUCAUGCAUGACAGAGACAGGAGACUGUGAUCAGGAGCGUCGGAACUUGAUGGCUUAUUAUGAGAAGAAGAUAGAAGAUGUUGUGAGGUCUCAUGUGGGAGAGACUCAGGAAAUCAAAAAAGCUCACAAUGACAAAGUGGAAGCAUUACUUCAAAAAUUAUCAGAUGUGAACACUCGCUAUUGUGAACUGUUGCCAAACUAUGAACAAGCUAAAGAAAGAAUACAUGUUCUAGAGAAGCAGUUAGAAGAUGCUAGCAAGCAAUUACAAGAUGAUGACAGCAGACAUCGUGCCAUUUACUUGCAAAUGUAUAAUAAAGGAAAGGAAGCUGCUAAAUUUGAAUCAGAUAAGGAUCAGGAAGAGCCGGAGCCCAGCACGAGCCAGUUAAACAGAGUGUCGGUAGAGGAGCUACUGCAGCAACUGCAGAUCACACAGACUGAGCUCGAGAAUGUCCGAGACACGGCAUUCACAGUGGACCGAUCUGCGAAAUCACAAGUACUGCUAAGUGCAAAGGAGGCUGUUUCUUUAUGGGUCCUAGGAGCUCGAAAGGCAAUGUACCGUCGUAUCGUCGAGACACAGAAAGGGAACAAGACCAAUGUGGACCCCGAAGUGACAUUGCAGUUUUUAAAAUCUGCCAUAUAUUACUUCCUCACGGACCCGGAGAAUCAUCAGGGUCAUUUAAACGCUAUAGAAAAUAUUCUAGGAUUCACUGACGCCGAGAAGAAAAAUAUACGCAAGGCUAGGUCUACGUAGAGACUGAUGCAAGUUAUGUGAUAGCAAAUUAUACAUAACGACUUUUUUAUUGUCUUACAACGGUGGGCCCGUAAUCGCUUGUUAGGGUGUCCACAUUUUGGAAAAUCAGGGAAAUGUCAGGCAAGUUCAGGGUAGAAAAGUCAGGGAAAACUUUACAUUUUACACUGUUUGCGUACUGAUGCUAUAGUAUAGCAUCGUUAUGCUCAGAUUACUUCAUUUUAACUUUUUUAUUUUGAUAGAUUAGAUGAAUUUGCAUAAUUAGUUUUCUUCAAUAUAGUUUUAAGGAUUGAAGUGAACUAAGGUUGAUGAUUAAAUUAAUUAACAGUAAUAAUUAAAAAAUAGUUGUCCUUCUUUUUUUCUAGUAUAUGUAUACAGGUCAGAAAAAUCAAGAAAUCUUUUAGGACAGCACAUUUUGAAUGAAUUAUUCAAAAAGUAUUCAUUUUAUGUAUUUUAUUUUUUAAUUUGUUUAAACAUAUCUCCUAUAUUAAAACUACAAAUUUUAACGAAACAGGCUUGCCGUUGUAAGGCGUAAAAUAGAAAUGUUGCAAUGUAUAGUUAAUAAUACUUAAUUAGCUAGAACUAAUUGUUGCAUGUUCGGCCGCUAGCUAGAUAAAUAUUAAAAUUUGUGGGUAGGGACACAAUAUUUUGUGUUACUAUAUUUAAUAUAAACUAUCAUACCUACAAUUGAUAGCAACGUAGCAUAAUAGUAAGGUCCUCGUGGUUAAUUUAUACAUCCCUUAUGAUAAUUUGUUUUGGAAACGAAUUUAUUUGUUAGACGCUAAAUUUUGUGAUUUUUCUUUUUAUAGUUUUUAAGCGCCAAAGAAAACAUUCCUUUGUUUCAUGUGCAAUUUUUUGACUUUUUAUUAUUUUUUAAGUUUACAGUGGUUGUUCGCUCAUUGACAACUAUUUUUAAGUGUUACUUUUACAUAUUUUAUUACUUUUUUUUUCCUUUUAAUGGUUCCUAAAUAAACUGUAAUUUAAUUUAUAUUUUCGUUGAUUCGCAUGUGAGAAUAUAAAUUGGUUAAUAUUUAUACAAUCGCUAAGCGCUGGUACGGUUUAUGUGGCCUCGUUGUGAAAUUUUGUUACGCAAAUCAGUCGAUUGCGAAAAAGCAUCAUCGGUUAUGUCGGUAAUUGGAAGUAUGUUGUUUUUUUUUAAUUUUUAACUCUUAAAAUAUCGCCGUGCCUCAGAAAGCACGCUAUAAAUUGUAGGACCCGAACUCAUCACCAACCUGCAUUUAAAUAGGGUGUACGCAGUGACGUGCAUUUCAUAGAUGCAUUAAUGCCCUGCUUACCCUGACGACUCCUUACAAACCUGAAUAGCAGAAGGAAUUUUCCACUUUGUAUAAUUUGUUCGUAUAGUGCACACUCUACUUAAAAACCCUGUGCACUGGGUCCAAGCUCUACCUUUCUCUCUCCUAAGAGAGAAUCUGCCUACGUUCUCUGAACAUAAAUUAGGCUUGUAAUGAUGUAGUGCUUAAAUAUACAGAAAAUUAGAUAAAUUUAAUAAAUUGCUUUCAUAUAUAAAAUAAAUAUGUAAACGUAUUGUUUAUAUAUGAAUCACCGUCCUUACGCUGCGAUAAAAUUCAUUUUCUUAUUAUGUUCCUCGAAUGAUUUACUCGGUAUGUCGACGACUUUAUCUUGCCUCUGUGAAAGCUGCAUCUGUGAUUAGUGUAUUUUAUAAUAGAAUUAUUUUAUACAUUCAUUGCAUAAUAAAAUAGAGCUUUAUUUAAGUUUGUUAUUUUUAAACUAUUUACAAUAGAUACUUAUAGCUAAGGAGCUAUUUUAAUUUUUGGCAUUUCCCCUGUUUUCUAGACUCGUAAAGUAAAUGUAAUUUAAGGUUGUGUGUGAACCAGGAUAACAAAAAAAAAGCAGGGACAGGUAUCACAUGAAAAACAAUAAUACAUUCUAGAUAAUUGGGUUAAUUUUAAUUGUUGUUAAAUACACCUAACAUGCAAGGUGUCCAAGAAAGUGUUAUCUGAUUCGCAAAAUGAAUAUUUAUUAUUAUUAAUAAGGCUGUGGCUGUCUAUGCGGGAGUUUUCAAUGUUUUCAUACUGUGACGAUCGCGUAAACGUAAACGCGAAUUUCUAAGGAAUAGAAACAGCGCCAUCUAGUGGCACUACUGCACAACUGUUUUAAUUCCAUACAAAUUCGCGUUUACGUUUACGCGAACGUCACAGUAUGAAAACAUUGAAGACUCCCACUAGGCACUCUGAUAUUUCAGAUAUAUUUUAUUUUAAAACAGCAUAAUGAAUUAUAAAAACUCAUGUUUCCUUGUGAUGAUAAACUUGAUUUUGUUUUCAAAACCAUUAUUGGUAUUCCAUUUUCUAUACAACUCGGAAACUCUCGGAAAUUAUCUUAUCAAAGCUCCUUAGCUAUAAUAUAUCCUUUUAAUUUGAAAUUCAUAGAAAUAUUGUACCGAGUUAAAGAUUUAUCUUUAAGUUUACUGUAUGGCAUGACCGCAUGACCUAAGAUUUUAAGCGUAGUUCUUAUAUGAUUAAAAAUAAGCAACGAAGUUACAAUGUAUUGAUAGGGAAAGAAUAAUUUUAAAUCUACCCUACAUUUGAUAGGUUCUACUUAUCUUUCAUGUCCAAUUGACGUAACGAUUGAGAAUAGUUACCUUUAUUGAGGUCCAGUGGAGUUUAAAACAAUGAAAAAAAUGCUGUUAACGAGUAAAUAAAGCCUCAAUAGUUGAAUGGUUUAAUGGGAUAUGGAAUUUGACGUCUCAGGUUCAGUUCCCAACUGUUGAACUAAUGUCGUAUCUUUUCCUAUAACAAGCUUUCUUUCUUAAUUGGGAAAGGAAAAAUCUGUAUGAUUGUUAAAAGACAUUCUACAUUAAAAAAUAUUGUGGUAUAGGGUACCUAUUGUGUUGUAAAAUGUUCACAGACGGCUUUAUCUUUUGUUUUCAGUAAACAAGAAAUAAAACAA